AUGUCUUCAGUUGAGUGUUUGAGAGAGUUUGUCAACCAGCGACUAUCUGCUGCUGCUGAAGAAAUAUUCAGAGUUUUUAAAAGAACCAUCGUCGAGUAUCAGGAAGAGAUCGAGCGGCAGCGCGGAAUGUUGGAUGUUAUUUGGAAACCCGAAGUGAGGUUACACAGGAUAGAGCUCCCACAGCCACGUGUCUGUAAGCAGGAGGAGGUUCUCUCUGACCAGCAGCUGUGUCUCCAGGAGAGGAACCCCAGUGUGGACCAAGAGGACCCAGAUCCUCCACAGAUUAAAGAGGAACAGGAGGAACUCUGCAGCAGUCAGGAGGGAGAGCAGCUUGAACCGAAGCAGGAGGCCGACACCUUUACGUUGACUCCGACUUGUGAGGAAACUGAUCACAGUGAUGAUGAGACUCCGUUUUUGAAUCCUGACAAAAGUCAGAGUGAAUCAGAGGCAGAUCCUCCAGCUAGCACGUGUACCAGCUCGUUAGAUGAGGAAAUGGACUGUGAGCGUUUUGUGGGACCAGAACCAAACAUCUCUCAUGAAUCUGAUAGCAAGGAUCAGAAAGGAGUAAAACGUAGUUUAACAUCAACCAAGGAGCCACAACAGCAGAUUCUGGGUCCUCCAGGUGAGAAGACAUUUUUGUGCGAAACAUGUGGAAAAUAUUUCCAACAUAAAGAAAACUUGUCUGCCCACGUUAGAACAGCCCACAAGGUUGAUCAAUCCUUUUUAUGCAGCACCUGUGGGAAAACGUUCACUGAUGCAUCAAAUUUGAGGACUCAUAUGAGAAUCCAUACUGGGGAGAAACCAUAUUCCUGUAUCACCUGUGGCAAAACAUUCACUAAUGCAUCACAUUUGAGGACUCAUAUGAGAAUCCAUACUGGGGAGAAACCAUAUUCCUGUAUCACCUGUGGCAAAACAUUCACUCAGAUAGCAAGUUUGAAGUCUCACACAAGAAUUCAUACUGGGGAGAAGCCAUUUUCCUGCAUCACCUGUUGCACAACAUUCACUUUUGCAUCAAGUUUGAAGUCUCACACAAGAAUCCAUACUGGGGAGAAGCCAUUAUCCUGCAUCACCUGUGGCAAAACAUUCACUGAUGCAUCAAGUUUGAAGUCUCACACAAGAAUCCAUACUGGGGAGAAGCCAUUUUCCUGCAACACCUGUGGCAAAACAUUCACACAUGGAUCAAGUUUGAAGUCUCACACAAGAAUCCAUACUGGGGAGAAGCCAUUUUCCUGCAUCACCUGUGGCAAAACAUUCACUGAUGCAUCAAGUUUGAGGAUUCAUAUGAGAAUCCAUACUGGGGAGAAGCCAUAUUCUUGCAUCACCUGUGGCAAAACAUUCACUACUGCAUCAAAUUUGAGGAUUCAUAUGAGAAUCCAUACUGGGGAGAAGCCAUAUUCUUGCAUCACCUGUGGGAAAACAUUCACUCGGCCAGAACGUUUGAAGUCUCAUACAAGAAUCCAUACUGGGGAGAAGCCAUAUUCCUGCAUCACCUGUGGCAAAACAUUCGCUCGGCCAGAACAUUUGAAGUCUCACACAAGAAUUCAUACUGGGGAGAAACCAUAUUCCUGCAUCACCUGUGGCAAAACAUUCGCUCAGACAGACCAUUUGAAGUCUCACACAAGAAUUCAUACUGGGGAGAAACCAUAUUCCUGCGUCACCUGUGGCAAAAGAUUCACUCAGAUAGGAAAUUUGAAGUCUCACACAAGAAUCCAUACUGGGAAGAAGCCUUAAUCCUGUAUAAUAUGUGGAAGAUGUUUCAGAAGUUCUGGUAUCUUAAUUGUCCAUGUGAGAAAAAUCCACAAGCAUGAAACGUCAUAGAUGCAACUCCAGUGAUGAAAUAUUCUGAGUAAUUGUUAAGCUUAGAAAGGCGUUGAAGCGAAAAGUAUUUUCAUUCAUCUCUUCCUCCAACAUAAUUGCAGUCUGUCCAUCCUGGGAGAGGGAUCCCUCCUCUGAUGUUCUCCCUAAGGUCUCUUCCCUUUUUUCCCCAUUGAAGAGUUUUUUCAUUUUUUGGGGAGUUUUUCCUGAGCCGAACUUGAAGGUUUAGGGACAGAGGAUGUUGCAUGUGUACAGACUGUAAAGACCUUUGAGGCAAAUGUGUAAUUUGCAAUUUUGGAAUAUACAAAAUUAAAUGAAUUGAAUUUUAAACAGCGCACUGAAACCCGACCGGAUGCGCGUUCACUCAUUAAAUUAAUAGUUGUAGUUAACGAUUUUCCCAAUAAAACAAGAUUGCAGUAUCUUAUUUAGACAGUACUGAUAAUCAAAUAUUUGUAGUGCUCAUUUAGGGAGUCACUGUCUUAUCCUGGUUGAGGAGUGCAAGGUCAGAGGUCAAAACAGAAAUUUUCAACCAGGCAGAAACAGAUCUUUUCAACACUUGUGCUUUGUUUGUUAUGUUCACAUUAUUGAGACACAUUGCAUGUGAUUGGAUCUUGUGUUGUUUUAGGCCAAUAGAAAUCUUUUCUUCUAUAUCCAACAACAAGUUCAAAACGUAAUGUUCUUCCUGAUGUCAUUCAGUGGUUUUUCCAGCCUGUGGGCCGACAGAACUGCUCCUGCCUUUGCAGACGCAGCGCUGUUACUUGUGAUCUGACAAAUAAAUCUACCAAAACGAGAGAAGUUGUUUGGCUGAAUUCUUCCAGAUCUCACCAACCGGGCUUCCAAUUUUGUUCACUUCUUUUAGUGUUCAUUCAGCCACACAAUAGAGUAUUGUUGUAUUUUCCUGUUUUUCUUCUUUUAUGUAACUUGCUGUUUACGAAAUGUUUUUGUGGAAUUUUCUGUCAUCCACUUAAAUCUUUGAAAAGUCUUCGUGAACAUAUCCUGCAAACCUUUAACCAGUUUGAUGUGUGUUAUAAAGCCAGAAAUCUGGGGGUUAUUAUGGAUUCAGAUUUACACUUAGAGAGUCACAUCAAAUCAGUAACAAAGUCGUCCGGCCUACUAUCACCUCAAAAAUGUAGCACGACUUAGAGGGCUCAUGUCAACUCAAGACUUAGAAACACUUGUACAUGCCUUUGUAACUAGUAGGCUAGACUAUUGUUAUGGUCUCCUUGCAGGUCUUCCAAAAAAAACUGUCAGGCAGCUCCAGCUUGUUCAGAACGCUGCUGCUAGAGUGCUAACAAAGACCAAGAAAUGUGAGCACAUUACACCAAUUCUUACAUCCUUACAUUGGCUCCCAGUAUGUAAGAGAAUUAUUUUCAAAAUCCUACUGCUCACAUAUAAAUCACUACAUGGUUUAGGGCCAAAGUAUAUCACUGAUAUGCUUCCACUACAUAAGCCUUUACGAUCACUAAGAUCUUCUGACACCAAUCUGUUAGUGAUUUCCAGAGUAAAUACAAAUCAUGGGAAAGCAUCAUUUAGUUACUAUGCAACAAACAGCUGGAAUAAACUUCCUGAAGAGUUAAGACUCGCCCCAACUCUGACCACGUUUAAAACAAGACUGAAAACUUUUAUGUUCACCUUCGCCUUCUGCUAAAUGUUACCUACAUUGGCCUUUUAACCUUUAAUCAAACAAUUUUAAUAAGAUUUUAAUCUCUCACUCUGCACUGUAACUUUGAAUUCUUUUUAUGUUUACAAUUUUAUUUGCUGUUUCUUUAUUGUCUUUUAAUUCUUGCAUUUUAUUUCACUUCAUUGUAUGACACGUUAUGAUGUGAAGCACUUUGAGUCUGCCUUGUGUAUGAAAUGCGCUAUACAAAUAAACUUG